UCCACUCUAAGAUCAGACUGGAGGAGGCUCUCUGCUCCACCACAACGAUGCUGCUCUUUACUCUCAUGUCUCUCUCUAUUAGCCUCGUGAAGGCAGAUCAGAAGAGACCCUCGGAUCUCGGCGAGACCCUGGGGGCACAUGUGGCUCUGGGGCAAUUAACUUUAAAUGAAAUGUUCAAGGAGGUGGAAAAGCUGAUGGAGGACACGCAGCAGAAACUAGAAGAGGCCGUGCAUCAGAUGGCGAAUGAGACCUCCAGAUCUCUAUAUGGAUACCGUCUGCCUUUUGGGCACCCCAACGCCAAUGUGACCGGCGCCAAGGAGUCUGAGAGCGCGUCAGGAGAGGCACUUUCCUCCCCACUUCCCAUCCCGGAGAGCCGCUGGAACGAGGUGGACCAUGAGUGUCUGAUUGAUGAAGACUGUGAGAAGGACAGCUUCUGCCUGUACAACAUCAGCAGCUCUAAAUGCGUCUUGUGUAAAUCCACAAACAUGGAGUGUGUGAAGGAUGAGGAGUGCUGUGGAGAACAGCUGUGUGUGUGGGGUGCGUGCACGCAGAACAAAACUCGAGGAGACUCAGGAACGAUCUGUCAGUACCAGAGUGACUGCAGCCCUCUGCACUGCUGCGCCAUACACAAAGCACUGCUGUUCCCGGUGUGCAGGCCGCGUCCUCUGGAGGGUCAGAGGUGUCAGGAGCAGCCGAACGAGCUGCUGGAGCUGCUAAUGUGGGACGAGGAGGCUCCUCAUGAACACUGUCCAUGUGCUGCAGGCCUGCAGUGUCAGCUACUGGGUAAAGAGUCGCUGUGCCUGAAGCAGAAGAAGAAUGUCCAUACACACACACGAGGCUGAGAGAUUUCCUUUAAACGCUGUACAGAAGAUUGAUCUCUUAUUUAUAACAGUCACUUUUUCCAUCAGUGUGUGGAUGUAACAUUAGAUCCAUGUACUGUAUAUCCAUAUGUAUGUAUCUUGUUAAUGACGUUCACGUUCUAUGUAAAUAACUGCUUCAGUUUGAUUACACACACUGCACUACAUGUUAUACUGUAUAUACUGUACCCGGCCGAGCAAAGUGCACUUCUAUAAUAAACAUUUAUUGACUUAAAAGGAGGUUUGUUGAUUGGGAUGAUGAGGAACAUCUGGGAAAACUAACUCAACUGGUGGAAUACUGUACCUGCCAGAUGUUCAGCUCCUUUCAUGCUGCUGCUCCUUUCCUGUCACCCUCCUUCAUGUUUUCUUCUCCUUCUGGUCUUUUUUGUUCGUUUCCGAGGGACGACCUGUCCUUAAUGAAGUCCCCGUGAAACCAUUUUUUCCAUUCAUUUAUAGACAAUGGCACGACAUGGAGUCCCAGAUAUAUUCAGUACAGCUAAUGUUUUGUAAUCUCUGUUGUUCCCCUUGUCCUGAUCGUCCUGUACUCGCUUUGUGAGGUUUUGGAUGAGAUUGCAAUGAUUUUAUUCAGAAGUUAAACAGGAAACAAUUCCCUGGUGACUGAUGGACGAUAAUUACGUUUGAACAUACUGUAAGUUUAAAUGUGAUAUCAAAACAUGGACACUCUUACUGUAUGCACUUAAUGUAUAUCGGUUGAUUGUAUAACAAUAAAGGUUUGGAAAUAUAUUA